AUGAUGUCUGCACGCUUCUCAAGAGCUCUUCCCAGAGCUACCAGCUCCGUCGCCCGCUCGGCCGGCUUCGCUCGCCAGCCCUUUGCCUCAAAGUUCGCUCGCUACGAGUCAACAUCAUCUGAUGGCAAGGUCACCGGCGCCGUGAUCGGUAUCGAUCUCGGUACCACCAACUCUGCUGUCGCCAUCAUGGAGGGCAAGGUUCCCAAGAUCAUCGAGAACGCUGAGGGUGCGCGCACAACGCCUUCCGUGGUCGCCUUUGCUCAGGAUGGUGAGCGUCUCGUCGGUGUCGCCGCCAAGCGCCAGGCCGUCGUCAACCCCGAGAACACCCUCUUCGCCACCAAGCGUCUCAUCGGCCGCAAGUUCACCGACGCUGAGGUUCAGCGUGACAUCAAGGAGGUUCCCUACAAGAUCGUCCAGCACACCAACGGCGACGCCUGGGUGUCUGCUCGCGACCAGAAGUACUCUCCCUCGCAGAUUGGUGGAUUCGUCCUCAACAAGAUGAAGGAGACCGCCGAGGCCUACCUCUCCAAGCCCGUCAAGAACGCCGUCGUCACCGUUCCUGCCUACUUCAACGACUCUCAGCGUCAGGCCACCAAGGAUGCCGGUCAGAUUGCCGGCCUCAACGUCCUCCGUGUCGUCAACGAGCCCACUGCCGCCGCCCUUGCCUACGGUCUUGAGAAGGAGGAGGACCGCGUUGUCGCCGUCUACGAUCUUGGCGGUGGUACUUUCGAUAUCUCCGUCCUCGAGAUCCAGAACGGCGUCUUCGAGGUCAAGUCUACCAACGGUGACACCCACUUGGGUGGUGAGGACUUUGAUAUCCACCUCGUCCGCCAUCUCGUCCAGCAGUUUAAGAAGGACUCCAACAUUGACUUGUCCAACGACCGCAUGGCCAUCCAGCGUAUCCGUGAGGCCGCCGAGAAGGCCAAGAUUGAGCUUUCCUCCUCCCUCCAGACCGACAUCAACCUGCCCUUCAUCACUGCCGACGCUUCCGGCCCCAAGCACAUCAACCAGAAGCUCACUCGCGCUCAGCUCGAGAAGAUGAUGGACCCCCUCAUCACCCGCACCAUCGACCCCGUGCGCAAGGCCCUCAAGGAUGCCAACCUCCAGGCCAAGGAUAUCCAGGAGGUCAUCCUCGUUGGUGGUAUGACUCGCAUGCCCAAGGUUUCCGAGUCCGUCAAGAGCAUCUUCGGCCGUGACCCGGCCAAGUCCGUCAACCCCGAUGAGGCUGUCGCCAUUGGUGCCGCCAUCCAGGGUGCCGUUCUCUCCGGUGAGGUCAAGGACCUCCUUCUCCUCGACGUCACUCCCCUCUCCCUCGGUAUUGAGACCCUUGGCGGUGUCUUCACCCGUCUCAUCAACCGCAACACUACCAUCCCCACCAAGAAGUCCCAGACCUUCUCCACCGCUGCCGACUUCCAGACCGCCGUCGAGAUCAAGGUCUACCAGGGUGAGCGUGAGCUCGUCCGUGACAACAAGCUCCUCGGCAACUUCCAGCUGGUUGGCAUCCCCCCUGCCCACCGUGGUGUUCCCCAGAUCGAGGUCACCUUCGACAUUGACGCCGACUCUAUCGUCCACGUCGGUGCCAAGGACAAGUCCACCAACAAGGACCAGUCCAUCACCAUUGCCUCCGGCUCCGGUCUGUCCGACUCCGAGAUUGAGCAGAUGGUCAACGACUCUGAGAAGUACGCCGAGGCCGAUAAGGAGCGCAAGGGUGCCAUUGAGGCCGCCAACCGCGCCGACUCUGUCCUGAACGACACCGAGCGCGCCCUCAACGAGUACGCCGAGAAGCUCGACAAGACCGAGGCUGACGGCAUCCGUGAGAAGAUUGCCUCCCUCCGCGAGUUCGUCUCCAAGAGCUUGGCUGGCGAGGGCAACGCCACCGCUGCCGAGAUCAAGGAGAAGACCGACGAGCUCCAGGUCGCCUCCCUCAACCUCUUUGACAAGAUGCACAAGGCCCGCGCCGAGUCUGGCGAGCAACCCGCUCAGGACGCCAACGCCGAGAACAAGGACGAGAAGAAGCCUUAA